GUUUUGGUGCAGCCAGUAAUAAUUUUGAUGGUACCUAACUUUCAAUGGCUCACUAUAGUAGAAUAUCUCAUUGCCACAGAUUACUUAGAUCAUAACAUGGCUAAAUACAGUAACAUCAGAUGACAUCCUUUCAGUAAGAUCUGGGACCUGCAAGUUGGUGAGAACGUUUCGGUCCAAAGACAAUAAGAUCUGAAAAAAUUUUGAUUCAUGGAGGAAUAUAGAAUGUGAAAUCUGGCAUUCAAGUGGUAUCUAGUUUCUGCAUUGAAUGCAUGGAUAUAUAUAUCGAAAUAUCUCAUCAUGAUUCUUCUAAACAAACUUUGCUGUCUGUGGAUGAGCUUGCAGGCAUGGGAUCCUAAUAAGAAAUACUUUCCUUCAUUUACGAGAAAGGAAGGAGAUACCUCCUAUAAAGAGCAAGGGAUGCUAUCCUUUCCUUUGCACCAAAGGCAGACCAAUUCAUUAAGCUGCAGCCAUAUCUUAUGCCUCUCUCUUUAUGGCUUGCCUAUAUAUAUGCAUUUAGGCUUUGCCAAGCUAGUCAUUUGUUGUUGGUUCUCUAUAAAAUUCAGGUUACCCUUAGCACUUUCUAUCAUGGCCUCCCGAGUGCCAAGGCCUCUUGCAUCCUUCCUCCUCUUCCUCAACCUCAUAAUGUACAUCAUAGUCGCGAUGAUUGCUGGUUGGGCCAUUAACUAUGGUAUCGAUGAGACUCCUCAUGCAGUGUUAAGCUUGUCGAUACCGACUCGACUUUUUCCAAUAUACUAUCCAAUUGGUAACCUAGCCACCGGAUUCUUCGUCAUCUUCUCGCUUAUCACCGGAGUUGUAGGCAUUGCCACUUCAGUCACUGGCUUACAGGAUGUCCUCAUGUGGACUUCGGCCAGCUUAUUGUCAGCUUCAGCUUCUUCUUUCAUUACAUGGGCCCUCACACUUCUGGCCAUGGGGCUGGCCUGCAAAGAGAUUAGCAUAAGCCGGAGCCCCCCAAAGUUGAGAACGCUGGAGACACUGACCAUCAUCUUGAGCGGCACUCAACUGCUGUGCACAGGGGCCAUCAAUGCUGGUGCAACAAGCACCAUGAGGCCAGACCACCUCACCGGACGAGUCUGAGACCAUGGAAAUCACUCCUGCUAUGUUAUCUAAUUCUCCGUAUGCCCUAUGUUUAAAUUUUUUGCAACUAUCAUCUUCCAUCAGUUUUAUGUUCCUCAUUUUUCUGUAAUUAUUGGACGUAAAACACUUAUGGAAUUUACAAAGACAGGUCUCCUACAUAAACCAU